UGAAGAUAUUUGAUUCGUAGUAAUCGAAUGUUACUUUUUUCAAUUACCAGCUUCCGAUUAUUUUCUGGUUUUUUUUCCAUCUGAAGCCUAGCUCUUUCAUAAUUCGUCGUAAACUUCAUUCCGAGCCAUUAAAAUGUAUAUCUUCUUUAAAAUUUUCGAAGCCUUUCUACGGUACGGAGUUUCGCUGCUUGUUAUGUAGUUAUUAUGAUUACAUCUUUUUAUUACAGAUUGAACGAAACUAUCCAUUCCGGUAACUUUCUUCUUCCCUGAUCUUUUCUUACCCGGAGUCCCAAGCACGAUGAGCAAGCCAGAGCCUUUAGCUUCGUUAAUAAUGCACCUAACAGUACUCACUGAUGUUUUUGUUGCUUCCGAAGUCUGUUUUACUUUUUCCAUAAUAUCAUUCUUCCCCUGUUUUAUAAUGAAGCAAUAUACGUCGUACACAAUUUUUCUACCCUUUCUUUUGAAUACUACACCAGUUUGUCGCGGCAUAGUGUAUUUUUUAUAAAAAAUCAACAAACACUCAACAAAUAGCAAUGGCAACAAAGUCAACAAGCAAUUAUAACAAAAUAUAACUUAACGAUUAGUAACGAUAGACUUUUCACUGUACGCAAGCGUACUUUUGGGAGCAAGUGGAACGAAGGCGCGGUGCGGGACGCAAGGUUCGACUGAUCUACCAAUAACGCGCUCGAUACGAUUUCCCCUGCCGUCGCGCCUCACCCUCACCACCAAAGUGAUCUAAAAUUCGGUUCUGCGCAGUCAAGGUCAUUUGCUCACGAUGUUUGCCGGUUACUAUACAUACUCUUUGCCCUGCGCGUCCACUAGGCGCAGGACGUAGGAGGUUCGGCUCCCGGUCCGAAAAAGGCAUUUUUAAAAAGAUUAGGAUGAGACACACGGAUUUUACCCAUACUACGCGUAGCGGUGGCUCUCCUAUUCUUCCAGUAGUUUUGACUUCAGUUAAUCGAAUCGUUACUCGAAUAUACGUUUAUAGAGAGCGUUACUCGUUAGCAAGCAUUGCAAGAUCAUACAUUUCAUUCAAUUUUAAUAUUAGUUAAGGAUUUUUUUCACAAGAUUUCAUUCUAAGGUCUUUGUUCCCUUUGCCUUCGGAAAUGGAGUAAAAAAAACAAAGAUAUUUUGAUUUGAAAACAAAAAAAAUGUUUCUGUAUUCUGUAGAUACCGUACCUACCUACUUAGAAAUUGUCAAGUUAGACCAGGAAUUCCUACGCCUACUAAUGUAAAUAUGCUAUUACAGGUAUUUCGAAAUAGAGUUUAGCAAAUAUAAAGUCAUACUAAGUUGACAAUUCAUGGAUAUUUCAUAAAUUAUCAUAAUUAAGAAAAUUUAAAUUGAAUUGCCAAAGAAAACAAAAAUGGGAACUGAAGCUUUUGGAUAUUUCAAAAAUUUAUCUCCAGCAUUUCGUCCUUACGUACAAACAUUAUGUGAAGAAUUAAAACUUGGCCUCUGCAAGACUAAAAUAGAUGUUGAAAGAAUAUCUUGUUUACCUGAUGGAGAGGAAUGCCAAUUCCGUCUGCUAUUACCUUAUUGUUCUAAGAAAUUGAAAUGGGAAAUAUUAUUUGAUGUAUCAAUACCAUGGUUUGCUCCGGACUUUAAGUUUGAUGAUGAAAGUUUUUUGAUAAGUGAGGAUGAAAACUUUCUUGAAGAGAAAGUCCCAAGUCUUGCUAAAUGGAAUGAAAGUGAUCCUAGAGCUUUGAGUAAUGUGAUAUUUGAGUUGGUCAAUCUAUACAAAAGUCAUCAGAUUAGAAAACUGAGUGAGGAUGAUUCUUCAAGGGCUUAUUUUGAAUACAGUGCAUUACUUGGUGAUUCACUCAUCUCUGAAAGUAACAUCGAAGUUUGGGUUGGAACACAUGUCGUUGAAUUUUUGAUAAAACUUAAUGUUGACGUUGGAAGAUUAUCAGAGCUUUAUAGUGAUGGCAUUGAAGAGAAUCCCGGCAUUGACACAGCAUUGUUACUAGUGAGAUAUCCAAACUCGACAAACGCAGAACUGAUACUAUCACCUCUUCUUAAUAAAGCCCUGGGGAACAUUUCAUUACCGCAAAUGCAUCCAUCUACUGUUCUUAUGGAUUAUGUACCUAUGGUUACCGAACUGCUGAACAGAAAGAUACAUGAUGUACUUGUCAAUGAAAAAUUGAAAAGGGAUUUAUUAGCAUUUUUGGUUGUUAAAUAUGAAGGUGCCAUAUUGGAACACGAUAUAAACAGUGCUGCCUUUCUAUUUGAAAUCAAUGACUUCCAUUGGAUUUUAACAGUAGAAUUGGGUCAAUUUCCAGAAAAAUCUCCAAUUUUGACCUUAAGAUCAGUUUACCACAGCAGUAAAGGAAAACCAAAAUACAAAGUUCUCUCUUCUUGUCCAUUAAACAACUUUGAAGAAUAUGUGGAACAACAAGUAGAAUUAUUCAAAAACGAAUGUAAAGGAUCAGUAACUAGUAGUCAACUCGUAAGCUUGGAAAAUUAAAUAAAAAUAAUUUACAUUUUA